AUGACUCCUCCUGCAGGAUGCCUGAAAGUUGUGACCCCUCCUGCUGGUUGCUUGCAAAGUCGUGACCCCUCCUACAGGUUGCCUGCAAGACGUGACCCCUCCUGCAGGUUGCCUGCAAGUUGUGACCCCUGCUGCAAGUUGCCUGCAAGUUGUGACCCCUCCUGCCAGUUGCCUGCAAGUUGUGACCCCUCCUGCAGGUUGCCUGCAUGUUGUCACCCUUCCUACAGAUUGCCUGCAAGUCGUGACCCCUCCUGCAGGUUACCUGCAAGUUGUGACCCUUCCUGCUGGUUGCCUGCAAGUCGUGACCCCUCCCGCAGUUUGCCUGCAAGUCAUGACCCCUCAAGCAGGUUACCUGCAAGUUGUGACCCAUCCUGCAAGUUGCCUGCAAGUCGUGACCCUUCCUACAGGUUGCCUGCAAGUUGUGACCCCUCCUGCAAGUUGCCUGUAAGUCGUGACCCCUUCUGCAAGUUGCUUGCAAAGUCGUGA